CAUGUGCGCGAGUAUUGCAUUCCAAACGAGGAAACACGAGUAGCUAGCCAAUGGACGCAAAGAAGAAGAGCGUGGCGAUCGUCGGAGCCGGUCCCAGCGGUCUGGCGGCAUGCAAGCACGCGCUGACCAGGGGCUUCCGGCCGGUGGUCUUCGAGGCCGGCGCCGCCGUCGGCGGCGUGUGGAGGCGGACGCUGGCUUCCACGAGGCUGCAGACGCCGGCGGCCGCGUACCGGUUCUCCGACUUCCCGUGGCCGCCGGGCGCCGCGGCCGACGAGCGGCUAUUCCCGCGCCACGACCAGGUGCUGGAGUACCUGACCGCGUACGCGCGGCGCUUCGGCGUCAUGGAGCGCGUCAGGUUCCGCAGCAAGGUGCUCGGCGCCAGCUACGUCGGGGCGCCGGAGCAGGAGGUGGCGGCAUGGGAGCGGUGGUCGGGGAACGGCGAGGCGUUCGGCGACGGCACGGGCAAGUGGCACCUCACCGUGCAGCACGGCGACGGCGAGUCGGAGAGCACUCAGACGUACAGGUUUGAUUUCCUUAUCCUGUGUGUCGGGAGGUAUGGCGUCGCAAAGAUCCCCACGUUUCCGCAAGGGAGAGGCCCCGAAGUGUUCCACGGGCGAGUGCUCCACUCCAUGGACUACUCAAGCAUGGCGCACGCGGACGCCGCCGAGCUUGUCAGAGGCAAGCGCGUCGCCGUGGUCGGUGCGGGCAAGUCAGCCAUGGACACCGUCGCACAGUGCGCCGAGGCCAACGGUACCAGGCACCCAUGCACAAUGAUUUACAGGAGCGCCCAUUGGAUGGUGGAUCCCCAGGUUGCCCAGCGCGUAAAAUCCGUGACGGUGACCUCGACCCGGUUGGCCGAGCUCAUGGUUCGCAAGCCCGGAGAGGGAUUUGCUCUGAGCCUUCUCGCCACCAUGUUGACUCCACUGAGAUGGCUGCUAUUGAAGCUGGCCGAGACCUACUACAAAACGCGCAUCCCGAUGCGAAAGCACGGGAUGGUGCCUGACUACAGCCUCGCGCGAUCGAGCCUGGGUUGGCGGUUAGGCACACUCCCUGACAGGUUCUACGACAGGGUGGACGAUGGCAGCGUCGUGCUCAGGAGGUGCGACUCCUUCAGCUUCUGCGACGAGGGCCUGGUGCUGGACGGUGGUGACACCGGCAAGCUCGUCGUUGCCGACGUGGUCAUCCUCGCCACCGGCUUCGACGCCGACCGGCCGCUGCAGGACGUGUUCGCGUCGCCCUGGUUCAGCGAGAUCGUCGCGGCAGGGGCUUGCUCGGACGACGCCGUCCUCCCUCUCUACAGGCACUGCGUGCACCCGCGGAUCCCGCAGUUGGCGGUCGUCGGGUACGCGGAGAGCGGGGCGAGCAUAUACCCGUACGAGAUGAUGGCCAAGUGGGUGGCGCACCUGCUCGACGGCGCCGUCCGCCUGCCCAGCGUCCAGGACAUGGAGCGGAGCGUGGCGGAGUGGGCACAGUGGGGGCGGUGGGCGAGGCAGCGCAGCGGCGACUUCUUCCUCAAGUCGUGCAUCCACACCGUCACGACGUGGUACCACGACCAGCUGUGCCGGGACAUGGGGUAUAGCGCGAGGAGGAAGGACGGGCUCCUCGCAGAGUGGUUGCAGCCGUAUGGCCCCGCGGACUACGCUGGCAUCCAGUGAAAGCAGAGAGAGCUCGGUUCGGGGAAUCCGUCAGCACUUUGUCAUCUGUUGAAAGAUUGAGCAAAAAUAUGUCUUUUUUGACCCGUUAGAUCUAGAUGUGAUAUAUUUUAGAGGUAAUUAUAGUGAUAAUUAUAUCA